AUGUGCGUCUCCGGCCAGGACUACAAUCCACUGGUAUUAGUAAUAGGCUAAGAAACACUUUGUUGGAGAGCUCGUUACUUUGCGUAAGUUUAUUUAUAAUUACUUUCUCUAUCCCCUUCUUAGUAACAAGCCAGGAAAUAGCUUGUCAUAUAUAGAUGUUCUAACUGAGCUAAUGACAGAUAUAGAGAGUAGAUAUGUUUUAGCAGGUCCUUGUCCUGCGCGCCAGCUACGUUCGGAAAUAAAGGAGGCGGCACAAGUGUGCAGCACGCAGGAAUGAGGAAAGGGCAAAGCACCAGCAGUCCAGCACAAAAGCAACAAGGAACGAAUCCAUUCCACUGUCAUCAUUCCCGAUAGACUCAAAGCAGGCAAAAUUGAAAAGGAGAGGCCCUUAAUUAGGUCCUUAAUUAUCCUCCGAACGCAGAGCGCAAUCAGGAGAAAAAAUCCAAGUCCAUUGAGGUGCACAUCUUAUUUUCUCUGCGGGGAAGGAGGUGCACAUCUUAUUUUGUGCGCUCCAUCGCCACCUUGAGGUCGAUCAUGAACUGCUCCGUUGAUCAAGAUGCACUUGCGGCCUUCACUAAGCACGUGGAUGGGCAGUUGCUGCGAGUCAACGCUCUUCUGGUAGUGCACACUGUCUUGAUGGGAGUCAUGGUCGGCAUAGGCGCCUACGGCCAUCGCUAUCGCCACCAUCCAUUGACCCGCUACCUCUUCCUUGGUGUGACCAUGUUGUUUCUACCCACCGUCUCCUAUAUUGUCUCCACCACUAGUAAUCAGCGUGCCAUCGCCGUUCCAUUUGGGAGGAAUUUGGAAACCAUUUCUAUGGUUUGCUACCCAAUCAUCCUGGGUGUCUUAGUAUGGUCUGGUCUUGUUCAGAUUGUCGGUAUCAAUACUGCUGUAAUAGUUGCUGGAGAUGCUAGAGAAGCUCGAGACAUUGCACCCCCUGCGGUAUUUCUUGUUGAAGCAAUAUGGAUUUCUUACCUUAUGGCCAUCGCAGUUCCACAAUAUCAUCUGGAUUCUCCUUGGUUUAUUUUUGCACCAUGGGCUCUUAUCUUUGCCAAAUUACUUUUGAAGUAUUAUUCAUGGUACAAGGCCAGACAAUCAUUAACACUUGCACACAAUCCUCGUCUUAUUGUUGGAUACAUGGAGCAGUUACAAGAUAGAAGCCACCACGUAGAUCUAGCAAGACCUCCCCCACUUAUAGUCACGGGAGAGGAUGCUGAAUCAGUACAGAAACAGCCUCAUGGUUAUACCUUCAAAUGGAUAUCCAAUAGAGGUCAUAGGACAAGUAUAAACAAUGGCAUACUCACCAUGGACAAAGUUUGGCAGAUCUGCGUCAUGCUUCCGACCUCGACAGCACAUCUGCUUAAAGAUGUAUGCUUUUCGUUCGCAUUGUUCAAGUUGCUACGGUGUCGAUUUGCAAGGUACACAAUUGCUGAUGCUGGCUUCAUGAAGGCCCGUAACUUUUUACGGCUUGUAUUGCUCGAGGAGAGAGAUGAGGAAAGGGUACUUGGGGUGAUUGCACAUGAGCUUACUUUUCUUCAUGAUUAUUAUUAUUCUUCACUCCCAGUUUCAUACUCAAAGAGUUGGCUGCCCAUUUUGAACAUAUUUAUUUCACUCUUAAGCAUCAGUUACUGCAUAUUUUCCAUAGUUUUUCUCACAGUGGUCAAAUAUGGUACUUUUGGUGAACCACAGUUAGCUUGUUACAAGCACUGCAACGGCACUGAUGAGUAUAGGCACUUCAGAAGUGUAUUGUUUGAACGCAUGUCACUGUGUUCACUUGCUGCACUAGUUUUGCUUGCUGAGAUGAGAGAGAUUGCUUCGUACAUCUGCUCUAACUGGACAAAAAUAGCCCUUAUCCGCUGCUAUAUAAACAAUGCUUCUUGGCAACAAUCUCCUACCACGAAGAAAUGGGUUGGCAAUCUAUUGCAGUGUAGAUGCAAGAUGUUGAAACAUUGGGAGGACAAAAUGUACUUGUGCUCAGUCAUAGUGCUCCACCCAAGGAAAACUCCAGUGGCUCUUCUUCGUCGUCUCAUUAAUCUUCCUGACCAAAAGAAGAAGGUACCAACAGCGGUGAAGGUUGCUAUCAUCCAUGCAUUGAGAAGGCAUGUGCGAGCCGGAAACAAUGGCGUGCCAUCUCUGCCCAAGAUCCUGCAGCAGCUACAAGUCGGCGACAGCCUACUUUGGACGUUCAAUGGCGCCAAAGGUACAGCUGACAUCAUGCUUGUGUGUCACAUCGCCACGACCCACGAGCAUCCUUGAAGUAAGAUCAGACCCACAGCUUCCUCCCUCUGACCACAAGAUUGUUGCUACUCACCUGUCACGGUAUUGCGCCUACCUUGUGGCCCACUGUCCUCAGCUACUCCCUGACUUCGACCUCUGGUGUAAGGGCGUGUUUAAAGACGUUAAGAAGGAAGCAGAGCACAUCCUCAUCGGUGUUAUCAGGCCUGAAGCAACGGCCCAGGUGAAGUACCAGAAGCUAUCCGAGCAGCUGAGCACAAGAUCAGAGCAUGAGGUGCUCAAGAAUGGUGUGGAGUUUGGGAGGCGACUGGUGGAGCUGCCUGCAGGAGAAGAGAAGGCGUGGGAGGUUCUUGUCGGCUUCUGGUCGGAGAUGAUCCUGUAUGUCGGUCCGUCGGACAACCUUGAUGGGCACGCCGAGGCCAUCGCACGGGGCGGCGAGCUGAUAACGCUCCUCUGGGCGUUGCUCGGUCACCUAGGGUAUGUCAGCAGGCCCGACGAUGCAACCGCAGACGCUGCCACUGCAUGCUAGUGCUCCUCCUGGUACUGAUGUUCUAUUCAUGCUUUUUUUUACUAUUUUUUUGUACCUCUCUCGUUGUUUCUUCAUUAUUUCAUCUUGAAUGGUCGUGGUUUGCUGUCGUCUUGGAUGUUUCAUGUGAUGGACGGAUUUAUAUGUACUACCAGUACCAGUGUUUAUCUUGAGUUUUGUGAGUGGCACUCCGAAUCUAGUGUCUGGAUGAGUCUUUAGUAUGGUAC